UCUAAAGACCAUAUUAACUCCAAUACAUUAUCAAAUUCUGAUACCAAUCCUGAGGAUAAUGAUACUUCCGAUGAAUCAUUAAGUGGAGAUAAUAUUGAUGCAAACAAUACAGAUGAUUCUAAUGAAACUAGUGAUACUGACCAUUCUAAUAAUCCAAACUAUUCUAAUAAAAAUCUUAUACUAAAACAUAAAAAAACUCCAGCUGGGUUUGGCAACAUUUUUGCAAAAGAUGUCUAUCACAAAAAUGGAAAAUACAUGGAAAUUUUAGUUAAGACUCAAGGUUCAAUUGGUAACUUCCAAACACAUUUAAAUGUAUAUAGAAUUACUAAAUCUAUCAAACCUAUUGAGAUAAUCGCACAACCAACAAUUACUGAAAUGUUUCAUUGUGCCAGUGGACAAAAUAUUCGUCAAAAAGAAUCUAUCAAUCAUGCUUUGGUAAAAUGGAUAGUUACAAAUUUGCAACCUCUUUAUGUCUUAAAAAGUGAAAGCUUUAUUAAAUUUGUUCAUGUAUUAAAUCUAUAUUAUGAAUUUAUUAAAUUUGUUCAUGUAUUAAAUCUAUAUUAUGAACUUCCAUCUAAUAAACAUCAAUGGAAAUUAAAAUGUGUAGAUUAA